GUUCCAAACGAACUGCUUGUGAGCAGCUCGUGAGCCGCUCGCGACGAGCCGCGGCCUGUCGGUUUUUUCGACGAACACAAAGGAAUUCGCAGUGCAUAUUGGGACGUGUUCAGACAAGGUUCGUUGUUUUUCUUUAGCUCGCGAGCGAACUUUAUUUUUUUUUCAAUAAAGUUAUGGAUUCAUGGUCGGAAGAAAAAAUAUUAUGUCUGAUAAACGGUUAUAAAAUCAAAACGUUAUUAUGGGAUCCUAAAAAUGAAAAUCGCUUCAAAAAAAAUUUGAAAGAGGACGCUUGGCGGGAAAUUGCGGAUGAAAUGGAAACCACUGCUGAACAGUGCAAAAAGAAAAUAAUAAGCCUCUUAGCUUCUUUCCGCCGGGAGAAAAAUAAAACAAAGCAGGGGACUAGUACAGGAAAAGGAAGAGAUGAAGUUUAUUGCAGCAGAUGGUUUGCCUAUGAAGCGUUUAGGUUUUUAGAAGACAGAGAUUUGCCACGAAAAAGACUUGCUACGCUGCCCUAUCUUCCGAACAAAUGGAACAAGAGGCGAUACCAGAGACACCUACGCUACCAUCUACCUCCAAAUCUACAAAGCGAUCAAAAACAAAACAAGAUAAUGUUUCCUCUCCAAUAA